ACACGCGCAGCCCCGCGGACGUGCGCACCGUGGGCCCAAGCUGCGCGCGGGGGCGGCUGGACCGGUCCGCCGACCCGCCGACCUUAAGUACCGUUCACCGCAAGCACUCCUCCACUCGCACAGUGCUUGGAAAACAAAUGUGUAGUGCUCCUACAAUGUGUACACGUUGGAUUUCAUAGAAAUAUGUUGGACUUCGGCAUUAGUGGCGCACGCCGAGGGCGCCGGCACCAGCGCUUUCGGCGGUAGCAUGGCAGAAACUGCGGCCGCGCUCCACAGCCCAGGCCAUCUGCACAAGCGGCGGCGGCUCUCGCGGCUCCUGGACAAGCUUGCCGUGCAGCUGCGCAACAACAAUCACUACCCACCAGCGCAGUGGCUACGCAUCGAGGCGCCGGCGGAGGCGUCAACAGCUGACGGCGCGUCGGGUAGCGGCUCAACCGCCACGCCGGGUAGCGGCUCAACCGCCGCGCAGCCCAAAUCGGAUGAAGGCCCACUCGAUCUUUCCGUCAAGUCCGAGAUGCCUCCGCCGCCGCCACCGCCGCCACGGCGUGCGCCGGAACCAUCGUUCGCGUGCGCCGCCUGUGGCCAAAGGUUCGCGCUGCACCACAGGCUCGCCAAGCACGUGGCUUCGCGGCAUCGGUCCCGCGCCACCGAGCCAGCACGCGUCUAUGAGUGCGAUGUGUGCAGCCGCAAAUUCGCGCGCUCUGAUAUGCUGACGCGGCACGCGCGACUGCACAGCGGGCUGAAGCCGUACGCGUGCGCCGCCUGCGGGCAGGUGUUCUCGCGCUCCGACCACCUGGCGACGCACCAGCGCACGCACACCGGCGAGAAGCCAUACCGUUGCCCCGCGUGCCCGUACGCCGCCUGCCGCCGCGACAUGAUCACGCGCCACAUGCGCACGCACGCGCGGCGCGCUCAGCCCGUGUAAGCGCCAGGCUCGUAUCGACCUGACAGACUGAUCGGUCCAUUCCAAAGUUAUGUUAUAUGUAUUCGGUAUGGAUGAUGGUGCGGUGUGGUGGUGGCGCCGUGACAUAUCACAUUGCUGUGCGCAUUGCUGGCCGCGAAUGUCCACCUGUACGAGUCCGUGUGCUGCUGCAACUGCUGCGAUGCCGUGCGCAAUGCGAUGUGUCAAAUACUGCGGACCUUUCGAAUACGCUUGCCGAUGUGCUGUUUGUGUUUUUGUUUAGUGUCGAAUGAUUCGAAGGCGAGCCGUUCGAAUCGUCCGCGCGCCAAUGUAAAUACGUGUAUGUUGCAAUUAUAUUGUCGUGCCAUUGAGUUUGUCAAUGUUUAUGUAGUGCGCUUCAGUAUGGAGGUUACGUUUUCAGCUUAUUGAAAGACUUAUUGCUAGGAACGAUUUUGGUUAAAAACUAUUACACUCCUGUUGUCAGUUAUGUUUGAUAAGACAAGUUAUUAUAUUUGCAAGUAUGACAUUGUAAAUCGUGCCGAAAGAAGCUCAAUUUUAUUUUGUUACGUAUAGUAAAAUAAAGAAUUCCUUUUCUCUAUAAGUGUUAAGGUGUCAACCUCAUUGUGUUUGAAUAAUCUUUAAGAAUUGUCUAUUUUUCGAUUCUAAAUAUUUUAAUACCGGAAAUGAUACUGUUAAUUGUUUUUGAACUCAAUUAAUUGUUUGUUUAUUUUGUUUUUUAAUUAAAAAACCUAAGUUUUCAUUCUAUUGUAGUGCCAAAUUAGACACGCAAUUUAUUUUGCUGUAUAGUCGAUGUUGUUGCAUAAAUAAAAAAAAAAUGAAAAAAACUAAAAACACAUAUGCUAUAAGUGUGGUAAAAUCUAAAAAUAUAAUAAAACAUAUUUCUAUUGCAUACACUCCAUCCAACGAAUUACUUAUUCCUACCGAUGUAAAUAGUGAAGAACAAUUUCCACUUAUGUAAAUAAACUAUCGCUUUUAAAAUGUAUUUACCGUGUUCUAAAUACGGCUCUGUGCAUACCUCCAUGAUAAUAUAAUUAAUUCGCAUGCGCCUCUAUUCGUAAACCCAAUUACAACCCUGGUUGUUAGAUUUUCAUUAGAAAAAAGUGAAUAUCUUUAUUGCAAUUUCCUCGGGAGCAACACGUGCAGACUGUGUAGCAUUUUGCCUUCAACAAUGCAUUUUUUAGAUGUGAAAUCGAUGUUUCAUAUUAGAAAUUAAGAAUUUGGAUAGGUAUGCAUACGGAUUGACUGAAAGAAAAGGUGAUCUAAUCCAUUAUUAUUUAAAUAACAACGUUCAAUAAUUAUAAUUUUUAAAUUGACACAAAAAAUAGACCGUAAAACCGUUUAUUCUUUGUCAAAAAUAAGUUACGGUUUGCAAAUUUAAAGAGCCGUUGAACUUGCGGAAACUAAACACCCGAUCUUAUAAGAAGAAAAGCAAAAUGAAAUCGCAAUGUACCUACUUUCAGAAAGGUAUCCCCACUUCGGUAAAAAAUUUGGUACUUAAUUUAUGGUUGAAAUUACCGCGUUUAAUAUUUGAUGCACAUUCAGUAAUUCAUUUUACGGAGUAUAGAUAUUUUUAAAAUAACUUGUCAACAUAAAAAUCCUUUAACUAAAAUGGAACAGAAAGCAUUUCGACAAUAAAAUAUAGCGCGAGGUUUAGGCAUUUAAAAUGAAAAUGAUUAAUCAUAGUUUUUGCGCCUUUGGCAAACUAAAUUAUAAGAUAUUAUUAAAAGCGAUAUGUAAUAUUGCAAUUAUAAAGGUGUUGAGGUUCUCGUAGCAUCUUGCUAAAUUAUUUAAAAAUGGUAUUAUAUUUAAUUUUUGUUUAAAGUUCAUUUUUGUACAAUGGCGAUUAUGCUUGUGGCAAAUUUGCGGGCUUUUGUUCUCUUUCGAGAGAUUUCUAAAAAUUUUUGAGACAUAAAAAAUUAUGCAUAGAUGUCAAAUUUUAAAAUUAAUUAAUUGAUUUGAAUUUGAAAGGAAAGUGUUUUCGGUGUUAAACUAAAUUUUAGUAUUAUUGUUGUGGUCUAUUUUUUAAUAUUUUGUUUAGAAAUGUCGUUUAACGCCAUCUGUUGGAAUUAGUUGUGAUGUAAUGAUAUUGGUAGUGUCUCUUGUGACAAUAAGUUUCGUUAACAUUUUUAAUGGUACUAUUGCUUUUGGGUGUGUCAAAAUUUUGUGGUAUAAUGUUGUUGAUAUAAAAUAAAAACUAAGUUUAAUUUUCAUUCGUUAGAUCAACAGGAAAUGUUUAAUGUUUAAGAAAUAAAAAACAGCAUUCGUAACAGUCAAGAUUUUCCCAAUUUAAGUUAUUAAAGAUUUUUUUUUUAUUUUAUCAGAGGCUGAUUGAUUUCUUUGUGGCCUACUACAGUUAGGGUACUCAGAACCAAGGCAAUUAGGCACUCACAAUAUCACACCUUUUUAUUAUCACGAAGUAAAUAAAUAUCCCUUCUUCAUAAAACUCUAGAUGCAUAUACCUUGGUAUUGAGUUUCAUAACUUUACAAAGCCUUACGUACUUACUGCAGUUUGCGAUUGUAUUUUUUUAGCUAAGUUUACGCGAAGAUUUUAAGUUAUUUUAAGUACUGUGAUAUACUGAUUUUGUUAUUAAUCUGUGUUUGAUUACAUUGUGUAUUUAUUAUACCAUUUUUUGAAUAAAUAAAUUAAUUAAA